CUUGCUGAAUAGUAACAGGAGAUACCAAAUGCUUUAUACUUGGAGGAGAUUGCACAUGCCCCAUUGUCACAGAAUUAAAAUAGUCGCUUGAUCUAUGCCGACUAGGUGAACUUAAAGUAUAUAGCACCAACAAAACGAUCAAUCCUAUUGCGGCUAUCGCACUAAUGAGCUGUGUUUGGAUUCUGAAGGUACUGUUUCCUACUCUGUAUGCUGUUGGUGUCCGAAUUGCCUGUCGCCAGUCGCGUAGUGACAUUAUCAUUUCAUAUCCGUCUGAAUCUUGAGGCAUGGGUCCUUAAAUGAUUAUCUUCACCGAUCCAUAAUUUCUCGAUCUUCUACACGUAAAAUUCAAAACAUGCCAACCACACACUUCAUGGGAAAGUUAUGACGUGCACCACACUUCACUGGAAUGCAUGGCCUAGGGUAAAUGGGCGGGGAGCAAAUCGGAGUUUUCACGUUUUCAGCCACCUCAACUUGUGCAGCAGCACCAGUGCUUCAGUUGUAUUCUUUUGGCACGAACUCUUCAGUCUGCGGGAGAUGGUCGGGAGUGAAACUCACUCAAUGAGUCAGUGAAGUGAAUAUUCGGCAUUAUUAAUUCUGGAUUGAAAUUCUCGAUAAAAAGUAAAUUAGUGUGAUAAAAUACACUAUAUAAAUAUUCCAUAUGCUUCCAGUUUCAAUAAUUUAAGUUUUCGAGAAAAAUUAUGAAUUGAUCACAAAGUGAUCGUCAAGCAACAUACAGUGUUCUUUAGGAAAGUAGCCAAACAUUGAGCCAGUGAGUGGAAGAAAUCGUGAAAAUGGCGGUGUUAGCAGCCGCGGCUUUGCUCGAUGAGCUUAUGGGAAGAAAUAGAAAUAUCGCGCCAAAUGAUAAACCAAAGGAGUUAAAUUGGGAAGAUCCCGAGUAUUGCAAGCUGUAUUUGGUAAAGUUCUGCCCUCAUGAUUUAUUUGUUAAUACCAGAGCUGAUUUGGGAGCAUGUCCUAAGGUUCAUGAUGAUGAAGUUAAAGCUUUAUAUGAAAAGUCAAAUAGUUAUAAGAAACAACAGUAUGAAGAUGAAUUUAUACGUUUUUGUCAGAGUAUGUUGAAUGAAGUUGAAAGAAAGAUAAUCAAGGGAAAACAACGAUUAGCAUUAAUAGGAAAAACAGAAACGGUUUCCCUUUCUCCUGCCCAAACUCAACGUAAUGAAGAACAAAUUGCCUUUUUGACUGAAAAGAUCAAUGGGUUGGUGACUGAAGCUGAAAAAGCUGGUAUCCAAGGAAAUGUAGAACAAGCUCAAGGAUUGAUGAAGCUCUGUGACCAACUCAAAGAAGAGCGUGAAGCUUUACGUGGCUCUAAUGAAAAUAGCCACUGGCAACAGACUGCAGAACUUGCAGCAGCUCAAGAGAAACAAAUGGAAGUGUGUGAUGUGUGUGGUGCCUUCCUCAUAGUAGGAGAUGCCCAGCAGCGCAUUGAUGAUCAUCUUACAGGCAAGCAGCACGUUGGCUAUGCGAAGCUAAAGGCUGCUCUAGAGGAAUUGAUGGCUGCACGUCAGAAGGCCAGAGAGGACAAGGAACGGCGCCGUGAAGAAGAACGUCGUGAACGAGCAAGGCAACGAGAAGAAGAAGAAAGACGCCGAAUGCGUGACAAGGAGCGCCGAGGCAGUCGUCGUGGUCCUGGUCCAGAAGAGGAGCAACAUCGAUCUCAUCGUUCACAUCAUAGAAGUGGUCAUAGUCCUCAUAGAAGGCGUUCCCGUUCACACAGUCGAUCCCAUCACGAGCACCGUCGUCGUAAAGGGUCGGAAGAGAGAGGCAGGCAUUCAUCACAUCACAGCAGUAGCAGUGGUCAUGGAGGAGAGUACCGUGAGAAGCGAAGCUCAGGAAGUCGUCACGAUAAGGAGCAUCGAAAGGCAGAUAAGGAUCGGGGUGUGAAUGGGGAAUCAGGACGGCGGAGCAGUGGUAGGCCUCCUGCAGAAGCUGAAGCGUAACGUCUGCACUGCUCCAGACAAUCAGUGAGUGAGCACAGGCCACAGCUGCAACUUGACUGGUCAGUGCGAAGCAACACCUCCAGACAAACCAGGACUGUCUCAACAGAAGGAUAUGCUGCCUUAAACAAAUGCCACAUUUCAUACAAGGGAGGCAGUCCAAAGAUCAGGAGAACUAGUGACAGCGCCUUAGCAAGGUGACCUUAGUACAUAAGUCUUAUCCUUGUAGAUAGUUGCCUGACCCUUAUUUUCAAUGUAAACACAUUCCCUCUUUUAAGAUCUUGAUCAGUUGUUUCUCAGUUGUGGCAAAUGUGUGUAAAAUUCAUUAACUGUGUCCAUUAGACUUGUACAUGAGCAAACUGGCUUGCCCUGAAUGUUCAGCUGCUAGCCUGUUCUUAUAUUGUAUGGUUAUAUUUGGAUAAAUUUUAUUUACCAAUUUUUGUUUACUCUUGGAUAUAACUAUAUUUUUAUUUUCAAAUAAAUGGCAUUGUUGCAACUAUACAUUAUAGAGUUGUGAAUUUGGAAGAUGAAACAUAAGCAUCUGAACAAAUAAUAUAUUGGUAACCAUCAAUAGGAAGGUCUACACUACAAAUACGACAUUGUUUUGUGAAGUCGGCAUGGAUCUUAAGCAAGGUAUGUUGCAACAUUAGUUUCCCAAUCAAUGGGAGUGGCCGCAAAUAGGGUGUUGGAAAUGCAGGAGACGGUAUCUUCUGUUGUGCUCAUUGCCCUGGACCUCUUGUCUGACUAAUUGUGUAAUUGGUCAAGAUUAAUUUAUUUUUGCAGUAUUGGAAACUUAUCCAUUACUUUUUCCUUCUUAUUAUUAACAAACGAUUGGAAAUCAGCAGGAGGCUGACAAGGCAUUGACCACUGGUUCUUCAUCACUCCAAAUGCGGUCCCUUUCUCUACCUGUUGUGAACAGUUCAUAUGAUUUGUUUCAUUUAUUUUUGUAUAUGUUGUAGUUUUGUACUACAUGAAAAAAAAAAAAUUGAUGUGAAUUUUCUAAUUUGUAUUGAAUGUGAUGAACUUAAUAAAUAAGUGCAUCUUGGUAUG